GGCUGUCAGUGCGAGUCGGGGGGGGGAGGUAAACAAGAUGGCGACAACCUGAGUAGCAAGAGUAACACGAAGAGUCUGACAUUUUACUGAUAGACCCAAGUGAAACAUUUGCUUUAACCAGGACUGAAUAAAACCUGCAACGAUUCAUAUGGAUAAAGGCACCAGGUAGUAGAAAGCGCGGUGGCAUGGAGGACACCUGAGGACGGUUGGACACGUUGGAUGGCUCAGUCGACCUCCAGGAGCCGGGCUGACACUGCUGCAUGAGUUUGUCUGUAGAUCUGAGCUUGGAUCCGGUCCAGCUGUACACACUUAUGUAUCCUGAGGAAACCUGUGCUCUGAAGCAUGGACCUUUGACAGAAAUGCUGUGCUGCACGGCCUUGAAGCAGGACUGGUCGCCUCUACCUUAGGCUGUAUGGUGUUACAUUCAUAGUUAAGCAGAGAAUAGUAACAUUUUAGAAUCACGAGUUUUCUAAUUUCUGUUCUACUGCACUUGUCACAGAAUACACAGUAUCGUACACUAACUUAGCACUGGACCCAGCACGUUUUUUUUUUUUUGCUCCUCUGUUCGCACCUCUUGAGAGAAAAGAGCCCUAAUGUUUACAAUUUGGGAUUGAUCUCCCACCACCCCCUCAACUCUCAGGCGUGAUUAUUUUCUCUCCAUGUUAAGUAUGUUGUAAGUCAUCUGUAUUCCAUCUUGUGGAAUUAAAACACUCGGCUCCGUGCUUAAAGGUUACCAGUGGAUUACUCCCCGGCAGCAAUCCAUAGUUAUUCGUGAACAAUUUGCACAGGAGGCUUAAGUUGUAGCUGCCGAAAUAUCAGUCAUGAGUGCCGGCGAGCUGCAACAUCUUGACUAUCUCAAUGAAAAUGAACUGAUGGAAAUGGAUACGUUCAUUCAUCGCAUUGACUCUACAGAGGUGAUCUACCAGCCGAGGAGGAAGAGGGCAAAGCUGAUUGGGAAGUACUUGAUGGGCGACCUGCUAGGUGAGGGGUCUUAUGGCAAAGUGAAAGAGAUGCUGGACUCAGAGACUCUUUGUCGCAGGGCUGUCAAAAUACUGAAGAAGAAGAAGCUGAGGAGGAUUCCCAAUGGAGAAGCCAAUGUGAAAAAGGAGAUUCAGCUGCUAAGAAGACUCCAACACAAGAAUGUGAUUCAGUUGGUGGAUGUGCUCUACAAUGAAGAGAAGCAGAAAAUGUAUAUGGUGAUGGAGUAUUGCGUUUGUGGGAUGCAAGAAAUGCUGGACAGCGUGCCAGAAAAAAGGUUUCCAGUGUCUCAAGCUCACGGGUACUUUUGCCAGCUCUUAGAUGGCCUCGAAUAUUUGCACAGCCAGGGAAUAGUUCACAAAGACAUUAAACCAGGAAAUCUGCUGCUGACCACAGACGGAGCGCUUAAAAUCUCCGACCUGGGAGUAGCAGAGGCCCUUCACCCAUUUGCGGAGGAUGACACGUGUCGCACCAGUCAGGGCUCACCGGCCUUUCAGCCUCCAGAGAUUGCAAAUGGACUGGACACCUUUUCAGGGUUUAAAGUGGACAUUUGGUCUGCCGGAGUAACACUAUACAACAUCACAACCAGUCUGUAUCCGUUUGAGGGAGACAACAUCUAUAAGCUAUUUGAGAACAUUGGAAAAGGAGACUUCACUAUUCCCGAGGACUGUGGACCCCUCCUGUCAGACCUGCUGCAAGGAAUGCUUGAGUAUGACCCUGCGAAGAGGUUUUCCAUACAGAACAUAAGGCAACACAACUGGGUGCGUAAGAAACACCCUCCGUCUGAGCCCCCUGUGCCCAUCCCUGCCAACGCAGAGAGCAGGGAUCCUUGGCGGAGUAUGACGGUGGUGCCCUACCUGGAGGAUCUCCACGGCUACACCGAAGAGGACGACGACGAGCUGUACGAUGGAGAGGAUGAGAUCAUAUACACUCAGGACUUCACAGUGCCAGGACAAGUGGCCGAAGAAGAUCUGGAUCAGGGGCACAACGAAGACUACAGUCCGGCUCUAGCCAAGCCAGUUUGUGUGAACGGGACAGACGGGGGGUCUCUGAAUAGCAAGGCCAAAGCCGAACGCCGAUCCUCCUCUUCAUCCAACCCCUCACGUAAAGGAGUCUCCACAGCCAGCAAGAUCCGCAAGCUCUCCACCUGCAAACAGCAAUGACACCCCCUCCCUCUUUCCUCAGCAACAACCCGCCUGGUUGGUCUGUCCCCGUCCUUCUGUGUCCGGAGUCCUCACGGUUGUGAGAGACACCUGCUGACGUUAAUGCCCCCAUACCUCCUUGGACCACUGGCCUGCAGAGUCUUUAGAAGAUGCGGUAUGAGCGACGGGGAGGAGGAGGACAGCAUGAAAUGUUCCUUUUGCUCUGAGACUGAGGCACUGGCUGUGAAGAUGUUUUGAGUUUUUUUUGGUUUUUUUUUCUCCCAUAUUUUGGCUCCUUUCAAAUCUUGUCAUCCACUUCUGUCAUCUAGUCAAUUUCCCCUCUCCACCCUGUCACCCUCUUAGGAGGGUCAAGUGUUGCACCGGACGUUACAAACACCAUCACCCCUGUACCCCACCCAUCCAAACCCCCCCCCCCACACACCUGUUUCUAUUACUACUUUUGUUUUUACAGAACCCUAAUGGCAGUUUUUAAGACGCAUUGUGAAGUGUAAAAAAUUAAAAGAGGUAAACAAAGAUUCAAAAGUUAUGAAUAAUUCUAUAUUUAAAUCUAUAAUGAGAAUAAUUAUAAUAGUACUCUACUACCACAAACUGCAUGCUGUACAGAGCUGGGAAAAGGGAAAGUGCUGAAGACUGAAGCUUUGAGAUCCACCGCUGACCUGUUUCCAUUUAGGUUCCUUUCUUUUUUUUCUUUUUUCCAAUGAAUAUUUUUUAAUUAUUAUUUAUAUAAAAUAUGUCCCAAACAGGCUAUUUUGUUGGAUGAUCCUUUGUCCUGUUUUUAUUAUUUUUUUACCUGCCCUUAACAAGGUUAUUAUUUGACGGGAAUGCUACUCUCGUCUUACUCUGAUGUCUGCAGCUAGUUUGUAGUCAGAUCCUAGAGUAUCAGGCCGAUGCGCCUGCAGGCGGUGUGCCGUCACAAUCACCUGUUUUUCAGCGAUGCUGCUCUUUAUUGUGUUGAUCACAUCAGCGGGGGAGCCCCGCCCCACUCUUACGCAGCCGAGGCCCAUCGUCAGCCCCUCGCUGGGAAUAGAUCAGAGAGCAGGUGAGUCAUUACACUGAGGGAGGGAGAGGGCAGCGCUUCCCACGUCAGCAAGGUCGACGCAGAGAUUCUCUGUUCAACGAAACACACGAGGAAGGAUGAAGAGAUGUCUCGCGUUUACAGGCUGACUAAUAUUCCAGCGGUAUGAUUAGUGUGUCAGGACACCUUCUGUUUCACACAGUACAUCAGCUUACAUGAAAUAUGUUACAACAGCAUAAAACCACAGGUUGCGUAUAUAGUCCGGUUUUGUUCAUGUUUUUAUUCACAAAAAAAUGUUUCGGUCCAAAAUGAAUAAGGGCCUCAGUUGGUCCCACACGGUCUAGCAUUUGUCAAGGCUGCGAGACAUUUUAAUUUUCUGCACUACUCAUUUACAAUAAAACAGAUGGUCCACUAUGAUUGAGGACAAAGACAUGAGUUUUAUAAUAUACAGGUAUUCUAGAUCCAACCCACGUCUGUGAAAGGAAAAGGGACACGCGCUACCUGCCAUCGCAGUUUCCCAGGUGACAUCACGCAUAACGUGCAGCAAUUGUUCUCAUGUUUGAAGAAAUACAGUUUGACAUGAAUGCUUAACAAAUAAUGUUACAACCAUACUGGCACACACAGUGGAGUCCUGUGAUUUUAACCUGUAAACACGGAGGAUAUCUGCAAAGUAUCACUUUAAGUAUUGGGCUGCAAAUAUUUAUUUAUUUUUUAUUUUUUCCAAUGCCAACAAAUAAACAAAACCAAGAAGGUGUCAGUUUGUCUCUUAAUACUUUCUGACUUCCCCAGCCCCUAUGUGGUUCUCGGCUCCAAGCCCAUUGUUUUUCAACUUUAGAUAAUUCCUAAGAAAUGGUAAAUCAUUUACUAAAACUGCUGGCCGCUGCAUUUUUCGGGCACUAUUUUCAGCCGUGGGUUAACGGCGCAGUUUUUAUGAGUGGGCUUCACUCAAAAUAAAUGAAUGAAUGUGCCUAUUUGUAGCAAUGAUUGAAUGUCACCUGCUCCUGCGACGAGGCUCACCGUUUCAGUUUUUUAAUAGUUUAUGGACAACAAUGGAGAGCUAUAAACUAAAUCAGGCUUUGACUAUACAGGUAAUUCCUGAUCGUAUCAUGAAUUCAUUGUUGGUUUUGGUCUUUUUGUGGGAUUUGUUGACAAGAAAAAUAUAGAAUAUCACCAGACGUAUCUUUUAUUUAGUAAUACGGAGUGAGUUUAUUCCACUGCUAUUCAGUUUCAACCUCUCCUUUCACAGCCUCAACUCUUUGUCACUGGACCAUCUGUCUGAAAGCCUGAGAGGCUCCUAUGUCAGUCACUUUACGUAUCAUCUCCCGGCACUGAUGCAACACUUCGCUCAAACCCUGAUACCGCCUCCUUAAUUAUGAUGAAUAACGGGGACAAAUGGUUAACAAAAAUCCUAUAAAAAUAUAUGAAAUAUGAGUAUAAAAAAUUCUUGAUGCAUGUUAUUCAGAAUGCUGUGUUGGCUGUGUAGUUUGGGUAUCCCAUCUGUUUUUACAGAUCUGCUGAUAUGGUGUAAAUGACAGGGUUGCGAGCACUUAAGUUAUGUUUUUUUACAUGAUCACUGUUCUUAUCGCCAAAUACAUAAACCUCAAGCUUUCACGGAGACAUUUACCCUCGUGGUGAUCGAGACGAGAAGGACACUUGAGGAUAUGGUUUUGAAAUGAGAGAAAUGGGUGACGGACACUCCAUCGUUAUCUUUCUUCCCAUCAAAGUGCUUUUUGUUUUAAAGUCAAAACUGUACAGUAUUCACACACACGUUGUUUGGACAUACAGUAGCAUGCUGAAAAUUCACAGUUAAGUCUGAAAAUAUUACAUUUUUCUAAAGAUGGGUCUAUAUUUUCAAAGCUAUGUAACAAAUGCAUUUGAUUUUGAGAAUGGUUAUCAAUAAAAAGGGAGC